AUGAAUUAUGUAUUUAAAGUUUUCGUGGCUAAAUUUCUCAAUCUUUACAUUGAGGGAUUUGGAGGCUCGUAAGUGUAAUUGUAUUAAGGAGCCUUGAAUCUAUAAAAGGUUUAGCUCAAAUUGUAAACUCUGAACAAGUUACUCAAAGAAUUAUUGAUUCCUUUUACAAUACUCAAAGCUGACAUAGAGAUGCUCAAAAUAGAUAUUCCUUGGGCAUCCCUAACUACUCAGCCCAUCAAAACGCAUAUAAGUGGUUUGAAUGUAAUCAUACAAUAUAAUGAAUAAGAAGACAUCGAAAAUCUGAUCUAGGAUUUAUCAAAAAAAUAAAAUAAUGAAAGCAAGAUCUCUAUUCAAGACGAAAUUCGAAAACACAAAGAAAUUGAUGAGUAAGUACUAAAACGAUUUGUAAAAAAAUUGCUACUCAAUCUCUCCUUUGAAAUCAAAGAUAUUCAAGUCGAGUUGCUAAUUAAGCAGCAAUAUAGACUAUAGGUUGUAUGCCAAUAAUUCAGUACGUCAUGUCAAGAGAAUUUAAGAAUAAAUCCUGAAGACGUUGAUCAAUUCCAUAGAGAAUUAAAAGUGGAGACAUUCUUCAUCAAAUUGAUUCGUUUUAAGGAUGAUGACAUUUCAAAUUAGCAAUUGCUGGCUCUGGAUCAAUGCAAUUCAUACCUAGAAAGAUCCAAAGAUUCUAUCUAUUGUCAUGUUGAAUUCAACAACUUCAAUAUCAUCUUGGAUAAAGACAUUGUGUUGUUGGCAAAUGAUGCUAUGGACAAACACACUUAGUUAGAAUAGUUGGUUCAAACCAAACUAAAUGAAUUCAAAAUCCAGCCCAUCCAUGAGAAUUUCAUCUUCAGGGACAUUACUACCGUUAGCAAGGGAAUACACCUGUCCAUAUUUUCAAACAACCUCUUCAUUCAAUCCUAAUAAUUGACAUUAUUUAUAUAGUAGUGCAACAUUUGUGCCAAGUCAUUCCUAUAGUAAAUGCUAUACAAAUUAAGUUUCGAGGAAAUCCAUGUAAACAACCAUUUAUAUUCAUUAGAUCAAAUAUAAUGGACUCAAGAUCCUUUAAUUGACCAAAUAAGAUAGCAAUGAGUUUAGUAUAUGGCCGGAAUUGCACAAUCAAGAUGCUGAUAAAGUAAGCUUUCUUCUAAUUGUAGUAACAAAUUAUUUUGGAAAUCGCCCAAAACUAAAGCGAUAGAAUGAAAUUGAUAGAGCAAAAAUUAUUUCUGUAAAUAGAAUUUAUUCAUCUGGAACUAGAUAUCCAGCAUCUGCUAUAAAAUUCAUAAGCCAUCUUAAAUCAUGUUCAAAGUUAUUAAUGUUUCAUCCCUCCCCAAUAAAAAUAAUAGUCCUUAUAGAAAAGCAGUCAAACUCACAUCAAAUCCCAUUAAAAAAAGUUGACUUUCAAAAUGAACAUUAUGAAAAAUAAACUAACUCUAAAUGUAUCUGGCAUUACACAAUUCUAACUACUAUUCCAAAGUUAGACUCAUAUUGGAAUGUAUUAAAAGAAAGAGAAAAUCAAGAAUAUUGAAUUGAAACACAAUCAAUUGCAGUUUCAUUUGUUUGAUCAAAAUUAGCAUCUUUUGGUAUCUCUCAAUGGAUUUAAUGCCAUUUUUGACUAUUUCAAAUAAAUUGAAUUAAAUAUUCAUCUUUCAUAAGUUUAAAUCAGAAUCCAAAAAAAUACAUUUGCAUAACUAAUAGCGUUGCAGAAGAUUAUAGAAACAGAAAAAUUCGUGUAAAAUGAACCCAUCUAAAACAAAUCAGUACAACAAAAUGAAUUGAAUCAAAAAAAAAACAUAAAAUUUACAGCCUUAAUGGAGAGAUGCUCAAUCGAUUUUGGUUAAUGUGUCAAGAUUAAUAACUACGUAUCCUUCAUAACUCUAAAUAUAAAAUAAUUGAAUUUGUAAAUAUUAUUAAUCGAAAACACUGCACAUCAUUUAGAAGUGAAAUCCAACUUUAAUCUAUGGACUACUCAUCCCUUAUAGAAAAAAAGCUGUAAAAUCACAAAUGUAAAUAUUAUUAAUCUAUUUCAAGACUAUCAAGUGUAAGUUAUUAUGGAACAAAAUAAUUGAUCCUAAUUAGCAAGAUCCUCAAAACAUCCUUUAAAUUUAAAAUGCUGUCGAAAUCAAAUUGUCUUAAUUAACCAUUUCAAAUUUGCUCAACACAGUCAAUUUAUUAAGUGGAUUGGACGUUGUUAGUGUGAUAAGAAACAAAACAAAAAAGAAAGUGCUUCUUAAGGUCAUUAAUGUUCAAACCAAAAAUAUUCAAUCAUUCACACUCGAACCAGAAGAUUCCACUCUGCUCUCAUCACUAUAUGACAAUCUUUAAGGUAAUUGAUAUUGUUAUAAUUUUAUCCAGACCCUAAAGAUUAUCCUACGUAUUAGAUCUAAUUAGGCUUAGAAAUCAAUGAAUCCUUGUAAUUCUGGUCCCAAGCCUAUCCAUUUCAUUUAUCCAAGUAGUAUUUUAAUAAGUUCGUGUUAAUUGAUGAGAUAGAUCAACAAGAACAUGAUAUUUUUCUUAAGGCACUCAAUAACGAGUUUAUUCUAACUCAAUAGGAUAGACAAAAUACUGAUUUGCAGACAGUUGCUGAACCAACCAUAGAAAAUUAGUCUGAUUAUUUGUUAACAUUUAAAACUGGGAGUGUAGAGUGUUUUUAGAUAGAGGGUAAUUCUAAGAAGGUUUUCCAUACUAAGUUGACUGAGUAGAAUACAAUCACAUUAGUCCUAAGUAUCAAUAUGAUAAUAUAUUCUAAGUGACUGAAAAUCAAUAAGAAAUUAAAUUUAAUUUGAAAGAAGUGAUCCAACAAAAGACUGUUUUGUCAUUUAAUUUUGUGAAGAUAGAUAACAAUUUUUAUAAUGUGCUUCUUUCAUUUGAAUUAAUCAAAGAUCCAAAGGGAUAAUACUUUUAAAAGGUGAUAAUUAAACCCUUCCUUAUCAUAGUCAACCUACUUCCCUGGAAUUUCAGCAUAGGAAAUGCGUAAUUUAUCAAUUUACCAAUAAGUGUUGAUGUCAAUAUGAAUAACACUCUAAUCAAUAAUUUUGAUUAAUAAUUAGAUUUGUUUUAUGCCAAUUUAUUGAACAAUAGAAAGCAUGCAUCCAAUUAAUCUUAAUAAAUCAUUAUUAAUGGAUAAGUAACAAACUUGUAUUAUUUAAACUUCUUAAAAGAGGGGAAGUAUGCAAUAGAGAUCAACAAGAGACAUCAUAUGAUAAUGAUAUUCAGAAAUAAUGUCUUAGUGUAGAAUUAAAUGUGUUUUGUUAUUUGCCGUAAUAUUUAUUAACAGCAAAUAAAAUAUCUACUAUUGAAAAAUAAGACUCAAUUUAAUUUUAUUUUGAUGAAAAAUAAGUCCCGAAUCCACAUUUAUCCAUUUUCAGACAAUUGUCUGGAAUACAAUAUAUAGAAAGGGGAUAAGUAUCGAAUUUUUGUAACUAAUCAGGAUUACGAAUUGAUGUAACUGUUGGACUCUGAAACUAUGACUAAGCACAAUCUUAAGGUAAACAAAAUCUAAAUUUAAAACAUCCAUAUUAUUGAAAUAAUUAUUAAUGAAGAAAAGAUUAUAGGGAAGGAAUUCAAGAUCUCAAUUCCAAAUGUCAAAAUAGAUAUAUAGGUGUGUGAUAGAUAGGAGAUCAACAUAUUUUUUGAUUUAAAUUUGAGAUUCUUCUCAGAUACUCAUUUGGAUAUUUUAAUUUAGAAUUUUAUACUGCAAUUUGAGAACAUUAACGUGAUUAAUAUAACUGAUUGCUUCUCAAUUAUUGAGAUGUCUAAAUCAAAUGAUUUAAAUUUAAUAAUGAUCAAUAAUAUUUUCUUCAAAAUAAAAGACAUCAAACUAAAUAUCCAAUAACAAUUCCUGAAUUCAAUUAAGCUAUUAAUUUCAUUAUUAAGAUUGGACCCUUUAUUUUUGAGAUAAGAAUAAUAACAAUAGAUACAAUCUACUAAAUGUUAAUGGGAAUCAUUGAUACAACCAACCUUCAUCAUUUUGAAUAUGAUUAUAGAUCCAAUAGCAUUAGAGAUUAAUAUCUUAACAAACAUGAUAAAUAUGAACAAUAAUCUACUCUUGCCAUAAUAAUAAAUUAAGAUGAGAAAGUUCAAACCCAAUCAAUUGAAAUCAGAGAUCGUAUCCUUCUAUCUGGCAUUUCUAAUUACCAAAAUUCCAACCAUCCAAUUGUUAAUUCAGAAUUUACCAAAUCCAUUGCAAUUGCUGCAAUCUAAAAAGAAUGAACCUGAUGUAGUCAAAUUGCCGUAUUUUUUCAUCCACUCGCCAAUACAAACGAGGAUCAAUUAAAUAGAAUAUGUUUAUUUAAAUAAGAGUUGUAAAGUGGCAGUUUCAAAUGAAAAGUUAGCAAGAUGCCAGAUUGUGUUAAGUAAUGAUAAGCUUGAAAUAUUUGUGCAAGAUGAAAAAUAGACAAUUUUUUUGGAUUCAAUAUCAUCGAUUAGAUUGAACAAGUAGAAUUUCAGCAUCUAUGUAAAUAAGAACUUGA